ACAUCUCAUUAUCUUCAUUAAGCUUCACUUGUCUGGAAUUGGGAAUUAUAUACCUCCAGUCCCUUCCUCUCCGCUUUUCAAUAUUUCUAGAUCCUGCCCUCCUCAAUUUCGAUUACGCUUAUAUGAUGCAACAGCCGGGAGCCGGAGUCGUCCCUCAGCAGUUGCCCACGGAUCAGCAGUAUCAACAACAGCCACCGCCCCAGCAGUGGAUGAUGAUGCAGCAGCAACAGCAGCCUGUUCCACCGCCCUCUGGUUGGACCCCACCACCUCUACCGCCCCCGUCUCAGUACGGUGUUCCUCAGACGGUUGCGCAGGGUGGUGCCGGUGUAGAUUCGAACGAGAUCAAGUCAUUGUGGAUCGGAGACUUGCAGCAGUGGAUGGACGAAAAUUAUCUCUACAGCAUCUUCGUCAACACCGGGGAGGUUGUUUCAGCUAAGGUUAUUAGGAAUAAGCAGACAGGCCUCCCAGAGGGUUAUGGUUUCAUUGAGUUUGUUUCUCGUGCAGCAGCGGAGAGGAUCUUGCAGACAUACAGUGGUGCAUUAAUGCCAAAUACUGAUCAGAAUUUCAGGCUAAAUUGGGCUACUCUUGCAGCUGGUGAGAGGCGUCAAGAUGAUGGCCCUGAUUAUACAAUUUUUGUUGGAGAUUUGGCUGCUGAUGUCAAUGAUUACCUGUUGCAAGAAACAUUUAGAGCUGUUUACCAAUCUGUGAAAGGUGCAAAAGUUGUCACUGAUAGGAUCACUGGGCGCUCCAAGGGCUAUGGGUUUGUGAGGUUUGAUGAUGAAAAUGAGCAAAGACGUGCCAUGGUUGAAAUGAAUGGACAGUACUGUUCUACUAGGCCCAUGCGGGUUGGGUCAGCUGCUACAAAAAGGCCUGCAGUGCAGCAAUUUCAGAAUGCUUCCUUUCAGAAUACUCAAGGAAACCAGGGAGAGAAUGAUCCAAAUAAUACAACUAUAUUUGUUGGGGCAUUGGAUCCAAGUGUUUCAGAUGACCAUUUGAGACAAGUGUUCAGUAAAUAUGGUGAGCUAGUGCAUGUGAAAAUACCUGCAGGCAAGCGAUGUGGAUUUGUUCAGUUUGCUAACCGGGCUUGUGCUGAACAAGCGCUGCUGAUGUUGAAUGGAACCCAGCUAGCAGGACAAAGCAUUCGACUUUCAUGGGGGCGCAGUCCUUCAAACAAACAGGCAUCCAUCGGUAGGUCCAGGCUCAGCCAGAACAAAGCCAGUGGAAUGGAGGAUAUUAUGGCUAUGCACAAGGAUAUGAUGCAUAUGGAUAUGCAGCUUCCCAGGAUCCUAACAUGUAUUAUGGUGGCUAUCCUGGAUAUGGGAACUAUCAGCAACCAGGAACUUACCAACAGCCACAGCAGUGAUCUGUUCAGUUAUGUUGCUGGAUGAAUUACAAAGUUGGCCCGGAUUCGUGGCAGCACAACUAGAGGUUGCAGUUGUUUGCACUACAGAGUCCCGACUGUUGUACAAUGCUUGGUGUUUGGAGCUAGGCUUUAUACCAUUUUGUUUUAGCUUUAGUUUAUUGAUGAAUCAUGGCUAGUAUGUUUGAGGCAUCAUCUGUGGACAUCGCUGCACUUCGAUAUCAAUCAUGAUUCAUGAAUUGUCGGAUACCGCUCUUGUGCUGUGUCCAGUGGAAAAUUGAUACUUUCUUUUAAUCAUUACUAAUAUGUUGUUUGUGCUUA